GGCCUGAUGGCUUCGCUCCCCCUCAUUGAUCCUUCUCUCAGACUCCGCCUACUGGCACGAGCCAAUUGGAUCGUAGGUUGUGGUUCAAACCGCUAGUGUGGGGUCGCUGGCGGCGGCGUCUUGGUUGAGAUUGGCUGUUGGAACGAAGUGGUCCAGGAUGGCGACUCUGAUCUUUGUCGAUAAGGAAAACGGAGAACCAGGCACCCGUGUGGCCCCUAAGAAUGGGCUGAAGCUGGGCUCUGGGGCUGCAGGCAAAGCCUUAGACGGGAAAUCUCGGGUUUCAGCGUCGCACGUUGGCAAAAUGUUCAAUGCUCCGCCAGCCUUACCGAAAACUGCCAGAAAGGCUUUGGGAACUGUUAACAGAGCUACGGAAAAAUCAGUGAAGAACAAUGGACCCCUCAAGCAAAAACCAAACUUCUCUGCCAAAAAGAAGACUGAGAAGAUUGUCAAAGCACAAAGCUCUGUUCCUGCCUCUGAUGACACCUUUCCAGAAAUUGAGAAAUUCUUUCCCUUCAAUCCUAUAGAUUUCGAGAGCUUCGAUCUGCCGGAGGAGCACCAGAUUGCACAGCUGCCCUUGAGCGGAGUGCCUCUCAUGGUGCUCGAGGAGGAGAGAGGGCUGGAGAGGCUGCUGCGGCUGGGGCCCCCUUCACCCGUGAAGAUGCCCUCCCCUUGGGGAGCUGAUCUCUUGCAGUCUCCUCCAAGCAUUCUUUCCAUCCUGGAUGUUGAAUUGCCACCUGCUUGUUAUGACAUGGAUAUUUAAAUUUCUUAGUGCUUUAUAGUUUGUGUGUGUUUAUAUAAAUAAAGCAUUUCUGUGUUUAACAGA